AUGCGCAGGCCAGGGCCGUUAGGAGCAGGUAGGAAAGAUUCCUCCUGCCAUUUCGACGCCAUAAGCGUGCCCAGGCAGCCCGGCCGCCUGGGCGGGGAACAGACGGGGAGGCCGGCGGGACCGCAGGGAAGGAGGGCGGGAUCGCCAGGGGAGGAGGGCGGGGUCGGCAGGGGGGAAGGAGGGUGGACGACGUGGCGGGAGAAGACGCAGAGGAAGGUGGAAGGAGCGAGGCAAACAGGAGGAGGAAGAAGCGGAGCCACGGUGGUGGCGCCAUAAUCUCCGCUUGCGCCACGUCCGUCGGUCGAUCGAUCUGGUUGAUCGAACGGCUGAUCCUGAAAGAAGAACUCGGCGGAAGACGUGAUAUCGACGUCAAUUGAAGGACGUGGCGGUUUGGCGCGCCGGAUUCCAUGGCAGCCGUCAGGCAGGCGGAAGUACACGCGGGGUUUCCCCCCCUGCCACAUGCGACACGCGGGAAGGUGUUCGAGGAAGUUGACGGUGAGGGACAGUUUUCGUGGAAGGCUACGAAGACCGAGGACGGGUGCGCAAUUGUGGCGGGGAAGGGAAAGAGGGAGGGGAUAGACGCGCGGGGGGCGGGCCCGAAGAUUGGCCUGGGUUUCAUCGACAAACUCGAUGUGAAGUUGGAAAUCGGUAGACUUCCUCUCGCCCCCAUCGGGCUCUCCUCCAUUGUCGCUGCAGGGGUGCAAGUCGGAUUGGCACUACAGCUAGCCCUGUUGACUCCCCUCAUUCAGCAGAGUUCUUUGAUCGGAGUUCCUGCGUCUGAUAAGACCUCCAUCGAGGCAGAAGACGGAGUGGUGGUGAAUGACGUUGUGGAAGAUCCGAGGUGCUUGGACGGGCUGAUACCACGUAAUACUGGCAAAGGAAUUUUGGAGGCGGAGGCAGAUGAAGAGGAAGGGUGUACGGCCCUCCCGUUCGAUGCACCUGCUAAUAAUAACGGCACUGCUUUCGCAGUGACUCUGCAGCCAGAUUUGACAAGUGGCCAGGCGCCGGAGAUUAAAGAACAGCUCUCUUACUCGAAACAGGGAGGGGAUAUGGAUGGAUCAGCGGGUGCUGCUGUGUGGGAUGGGCCGUCUGCGGCGGGAACAACAGGAACUGUUGUCUCUGGUGGUACAGCCCACUCGCCUCUCAGUAGAAAGGAGGAGCAGAGAAAUGAGGAGAGCGGCGUUAUGCCGUGGGGAUUUGCGAAUGGGGAUGAUCCGUCUGUCUGCAGCAUUUGCCUCGAAGAGAUUCGUUUGGAGGAAGUCGCACAGAUCAAGGGCUGUGAGCAUGUCUACUGUGCUCAGUGCAUCCUUCGCUGGGCCACAUACAAGGAUGAUCCCUGGUGUCCACAGUGCAGAAAUCAUUUUCAUUCGCUUUACACUUUUCGUGAUCUUCGAGGAAGUCUUCGUGAUUCUAUGGUGGAGGAGAGUGUCUGCCUUUUGUUGAGGGCGAAGUGGUUCAAGCAUGAGGUGGUUCGGCAGGAAGCAGAGGAGACAGAUUUGAGAGAGUUUCAGUACUCGUAUCAGGAUGAGGUACUGGAAGAUGAUGGAUAUGGAUACGAUGACUACUAUGUCCCGGCGGUGCGGCUUGGGAAUCGGCGGUGGGGAGGGACCGGGUAUGUCCGGAGCGGACGAAAAGAGGCCCGUGUCGUCAACAGCACAUCCUCACCAGGUGCAGAUGGGGCUGCCUCCUCCUCAGGAGGUACAGGUAAGGGGAAAGGUAAGGGAGGUGAACCUCUUGGCAGACGUGCGAAACGACAGCAGAAACGAGAAGCCAUGGACAAAGCUGCUGCGGAGAAACUCCUGCAGCAGCCACAGCAGCGGCAAGCUCAGAAAAGGUCGGCAAUCCACCGUAGCAGCUGCUUAACAGAUACAGCAAGUGGGGCUCUUAAGUAAGCGAUUGCAAUUAUUGCUUGUUGGGAUCAAGCUUCUGCCGUUUGGUCUGUAGACUAGCAGGUAUUCGAAAUGGGGCACAGCUUAAAACAUUGUUAGCGAUGGAUGGAAUAAGUGCCGAAACUGCAUGGCCCGGCAGUUGUCGCAGGUUAUCCACCUGCGUGGAAGUGAACAAUUGAGAAUGUCAAUUUUUUACCCAGAAGGCCAAACAUACCUUGGUGUAAGUAGGCUUGUUGACCCUUUGGGCUGCAUGUACGUGCGCAGCGUGCAGCCACCUUGCAUGCAUGUCUUGAGAGAGACCUGGUCAAGUCGACGUGCCACACGGAAAGAAGAUGGCCACUUUGGCAAUUUAUAAUUAUCUUUCCGAUCGUCUGUCUGUGAUUCUGGUCUCUCAUUUCUGUGCUUCCUCUGUGAAUUACUGCAGCAGCAGACAGGGCAGUUGUCAAUGGCUGCCGCCAAUCGACGUACUCACUCAGUGCUGCUCCUUUGAUCCACUGGGGAAAGAGAAUGCGAGCUUUAAUCCCUUGGAAAAAGGGUGCUGUGGGACUAGUCUAGGGUGCUGUGGGACUAGUCUUCUGCCCUCCCCCCCCUCCUUUCCCCCCACCCUUUUCUUUGGGUGCUGUUCAAGUAGAAAGCAAAGAAAUGGAAGACUGAUUGGGAUGCUGUACCGUCGUGAUUGUUUGGACGGGCAAAGGGCCGAGGAACCAUGUCGAGCACUCAGUGCACAGUCUUCCAAAAGGUAUGACUCUGCUCUGCUCUGAAUUCCACGUUUCAGGCUGACGCGUGACAAUGAAGAAAGUGGCGUGUCCUUCUCUUAAACUGCCACUGACCUUUCAUAGGCAAUCUUUUGUGAGGAAUUGGUUGACAUCCGCAUUCUUCGGGUGCUCAGCCGUUGGGCCCUCUUUGGCUGACGUUGCUGGCCAAAGAGAAAAAGAACGAGCGGCGACCUGGUUUGUCUUGAACGCAGCAUAAAUCCGCCAUGGAAAAAAGAGCCGUGGAGGUAGAGGUGGUUUGUGGUGGGGGUGGGGAUGGGUCAUAAUAAAAAAAAAUGCUGCUGCCGGCAACACUGUACGCAGGAGUCUUUGCAGUGUAUGGUGGUGGCCAAAAGCUUCUGGGAAAGGUGCAUGCAUGUGACGGUAAUUGGGUGAGUUGGACGUACGUGGAGGACAUGAAAGUGUUCUCAGCUAAAGAAGUGAACUUUCUCCCACAAUGCAGUGAAGUUUCUCCGGUGAGAUGAAAGGUUUGCAGUGCUGGCAUUAUGGCUUGUAAUGAUCAGCCGCCGCGAUGCAAGUAGAGUGUUGUUGAUCUCCUUAGGGGAAGCUGUCUGCAGUGGAAUCUACCUCCUGUGCAUGUGCUCGGAGGAGUAUGUAUAUAUAUCUACAGUGAUGUGAGGUAAUGACUUGAAAAAACCUCGGAGGAGUGUUUGCAGUGUUAGAGGGCGUAUUUCCAACUUAGGAACACACCCUAUUAAUAGAAAGUUUCUCAUGAAGAGGAUGUGUGGUGUGACGAGUGGCCUGCAGGGCUUUCUCACCACUGGUUCACAUUCGUUGGUGUGACGACAUCGGCGGAGUGUAAGGCGUUGUGAAGCGGUGUGGCGUUGGCUGCUGAUUAGACACUCUUGUGGUAGUUUAGGGGAAAAAAGGUAAUUUGGGAGGAGAAACCUGGCUCCCAUCCAAUUGGAGGAGAGGGUGGCCGCUUGUUGUCCAAGCUUUGCUCUUUGGUUGAUUGAACCCUCAACAGCUGUAGAAGCUUGUGCAGUCUGUGAAUAUCACAUUUUGUGUGUGUGUGUGUGUGUGUGUGUGUGUGUGUGUGUGUGUGUGUGAGAGAGAGAGAGAGAGAGAGAGAGAGAGAGAUCCAUUUUGGAACAUGGAGAUGGAUUAGAGAUGUGGUCUAGUGUGUUGCAGGUGUGACCAAGGAGAUGAGUCUGGGCGGGAAGAAGUGAAAGUGGGAGGGAACUUUUAUGAAAUAUUGUCCGGAGUAGGAUAUACCGUAUGGGGCAUUAUGGGCAUACGGUUCUCCUUCUCGUCUACGUCUGUCCUCAGCUCCAUUCUCAUAACUGAAGCGCGGCGCGAUCUGGCAGCACGUGCGCUCAGCUGUAAAAUAUGACAUUUGGUUUUCGAAAGUGAAACUGUAGUGACCAUUCAAAUUCUUUUGUAAACAGCUCUUAUCCUUUUUGCAUUUUUAUCCUUCAUGUGCAUUUUGAUUGCUUGCACACGCAACAGGCUCCUCUUGAUGCAGGGUGCCAUUUGUGUGCUGCUUCUUCUUGUGUUAAUGGCGAUAUCAAUUUGUGACUGUACACCAAGGAUGAACAUACUAUCAGGGCGCUCCCCAACUUUCCAUGCGAAGGUGAAAUGCCAAAAGUCUC